AUGGUCGACGGCGGGCCGGACGCGGCCAAGGACAAAAGCGCUCAGCCAGCAGCCGCUUCAGCCUCGACGCUCAUCCUGCUUCAGAUAUCGGCAAGGGCGCUCACAUUUGUCCUCAACCAGCUGCUCGUCCGUCUCGUCGCUCCUGGCAUCUUUGGUCUCGCCAACAUUCAGCUCGAGCUGCUCCUCUCCACCAUCCUCUUCCUCUCGCGCGAUGCGAUCCGCACCAUCCUCAUCCGCAACGAUCGCACCGUCAAUGCUUCCUCCGUUGGCGCAAGAGAAGCAGGCCCCAGAAGCGGCACUACCAACGCUACGCACAAUGUAGCCCUUCUCACCAUUCCGAUCGGCUUUGCUCUCACUGGUAUCGCAUGCGGCGUUUACACAGCCUUCAUCUCGCCAAAGUCCAUCCAAGCCGUGCCCACAUUCCACGCAAGCAUAACCCUCUAUGCGCUAGGCGCACUCAGCGAGCUCGUGUACGAGCCACUCCUGAUUCGCGCCGUGCGCCUCGGUCAGCCGUCGCUCAGAGUCAAGGCAGAGGGCGCUGCCGUAUUUGUCAAGGUGCUCACCACCAUCGCCACGAUCGUGUAUCUGCCUCGAUGGUCGGCGGCGCCGUCGUCUGUAGAGCAUGUCUUGGCGGACGAGAAGGCGGUAGCCCUUCUUGCAUUCGGAAUCGGCCAGGCAUCGUUCGGCAUGACCAUGUUCGCUGUGCACCUUGCUUACUUUGUCACACACUACUCUGUCCGUCAGACCUUGGAUCUCUACAUCCCGCGGCCGGAUCGUGUCACGCGUUCCGAUCCUCGUACGGGAGUUGCAAGCACCGAAACAGCUUGGCUGGAUCGUGCAACAGUCUCGCUCUGCAUGGCCAUGGCCCAGCAGGGCGUCCUAAAACAUCUUCUCACCGAAGCCGACAAAUUUGCAGUCGCUCGCUACGCCACCCUCGAGGAUCAAGGUGGGUAUGCACUCGCAUCCAACUACGGCUCUCUGGUCGCUCGCAUCCUCUUUCAGCCCGUCGAAGAAACGGCGCGCAUCGUCUUCAGCUCCGAGCUCGUCGCGCUCGACGGUGAGGCGGACGCACCACGACCGGUUCCGCCAGGAAUCGCAAAGCAGGCGGUGGAAAAGGCAGCAUCCAUGUUGGCAGCCCUAUUCCGACUCCAUCUGCUGCUAGCGUGCAUCAUGAUCACCUUUGGCGGCCCGCUCAGCACCGCUUUCCUCUACAUCAUGGCGGGGCCUCAGUGGGCUCUUGGAACGAGCGCGCCAGCGAUCUUGGCCGCGUACACCUGGUACCUCCCGAUCAUGGGCAUCAACGGCAUCGCCGAGGGCUUCGUACAAUCGGUAGCAAGCCGCAAGCAGGUCAAGCGCUACAACCGCAUCCUCCUCAUCGCCAGCGUCGGCUUCGUGACAGUACUUGCGGCCAUCAACUAUGCCGUUGCAAGCGGUUCGACCGGUAAUCUCGGCCAAGCUCCCGGAGCCUCUUCAUUUCUCGCCAAGACGGGCCUCGUUUGGGCAAACGCCAUUAGCCUUUCGGUUCGCGCCGGCUGGUGCUGGGCAUUCUUGAUCAAGUACUUCGGCCGUGCCGAGUCCGUGACCCUUCACGAACUUAAGCGCAGCAGCGUGGGCUCCCAGGCAGGGAUACAGCAUCGCGUCCGGCCUUCUGCGGCGCUCCCGAGCCGCCCGGCCUUGGUCGUCUUCGCAGGCGUCGCGGGCGUGCUCCGUGUGCUGGUGCCCAAGCUCAUGCCCACAGCCGCGAAGCUCCUGCAAAGUUCGAAUGCGAAUGAAGAAGCGUCGAGGACGGGACGGCUGCGAGCAAUUCGCCUCUUGCUGCCGACCGUGGGGCUUGCAGGCGCCUGCCUCGGUGCGGUCCUGACCGGCAUAUUCGUAUUUGAACGUGCCGCACUCUUAGAGUCGCUCCGUUCACUGGGGCGCAGACAUGCAUCCCAAUCACACGCCGAUACGCGCAAGUCUCAGUGA